AAUGUCAUCAAAAUUCACUUUAUUGACAACUUUCAUGGCUUCCAAUUAAUUGUGAAAUUAAAUUUAAAAUUUCAAACAUUUUAGGUAUGUUUUGAGCCAUCACAAUCAAAAUUAAUUCUAAAUUCUUAAUGUGAAUUAACAAAUUCAAAAUUAAACAUACAUUUACAUCAAAAUUCUUCGUGAAAAUACAAUUCGAAAUUGUUAAGUCAAGUGAUCAGGAUGGCUGAUAAAAAGAAAGAAGAUGGUCCAAGUGACGACAAGGAUAAGAGAGUGAAAAUCAAUGUCGAAAAUGAAGAUGAGGCGGUGGAAGGAGAGGCGGGGAGGAGGAAGAUGAAACGGUUUCAGAUGCCAAAUGUGCCUCGUUGGUGGCAGGCGAAGAUUAUCCAAUAUGCCUUCGCCCACCCACAUGUCCGGGCCCGCCUUGAGAAGCACAUGGGUUCCAACCUGGUCAGCCUCACGGACAAGAUGUACAUGAUGGACCUGGAGGAAAGGAUCCGGGAGGUCAACGAGGAAAACCUCAACAAGAGGAUUACCGCCCGGGUGAUGGACGAGAUGGAAAGGUUAAAACGCCUAAUCCUAGUCGGCAAGACCCCGCUGAAGGAAUGUCCACCCGAGCUGUUCCACCACCCAGUGUUCGUGUUCUGGAGGAUGGUGAACCGGGAAGUCGCCAGGGCGUCAAAGAAACGAGCUGAUGCGUACUACAGAAAGUUGAAGGCGUCGCAGAAAGUUGAUCAGUCAUUUGAGGAAGAGGCUGAAAACGAAGCGGUUGAAGAGGAAGGAGAACAGUUGUCUCCUGAAGAGUUAUUGAAGAAAUGUCAGGAAGAGCUGGACGAGCAGAAGCAGAUUGAUGUGGAAAAGGGGGUUCGGUUUACCGACGAACAGUUUGCUGUUCUCAAAUAUGAAACUAACGACAUAAAAACUCUAAAAAGCCUAACUACGGUCGAAGAAUUAUACGCGCUGGCAGACAAGAUCAUUGGCACGAAACGAUUAUAAAAUAUAGAUUUUUUUUAAGCGUAAAUGUUAAACUGAUAUCGUCUCUUUGGUUAUCUUUUUUGUAUGAAGGGGUAUUAUUUAUUGAAGUCGAUGGCACUUCUAUACUACUAUUGUAUGCCAAUUCUGCGUCGCGGUCCACACUAGUAGCAAGGGGUCAAUCUCCAAAAUUAGAAACGCAAUAUGCCAAGCCAUAUUGAAAGUUCACAAUGCGAAAAUUCUUUCAAAGAUUUAUUUGACACCAUAAGCUGGCAUGCACUUCGAAACAAACUUAUUUAAUUGCAACUUUAUUUCUGAUAGUAAUGUCCCGGAUAAUCAGUUAUGUAACUAUUAAAUAGUAUCAAUAAUUAUUUUUUCUGAAUUUUAAGAAAAAGUAAUUAUUGAUACUAAUUGAAUUUAAAGAAAACUUUAUUGCUUCAUUUCUAAUUUAAAGAAAACUUUAUUACUUCAGUUGCUAGAGUUUGAUUUCUUUUGGCAAGUAUAGAAGGGCCAUAUUACGUACAGAAGUAACAUGUACUUGUAUCAUAUAAAUUUACGUUUGGUACAGUAUAAAUGUUCGGGUUAUUAUGUCGGCAGGUAGCACCUACCUACUUGAUAAAUGAAACAAAAACAUUGUAAAGUUGGUUAAAACUAGUGAAAGUAAGCGAGAUAAUAAUUUUGUAUCUAUUUAAUGUAUGUUUACCGUAUAAA